AUGCAGCCGCUCGAACUCACGCUCAUUGUUGCUGCCACGCGCAACAUGGGUAUUGGCGCCCACGGGUCCAUGCCCUGGACGGGGCUGCGCAAGGAGAUGCAGUAUUUUGCCCGCAUCACCACCCGUCCACCGCCUCAGUCACCUCCCGGCACCGUCAACGCCGUCAUCAUGGGUCGCAAAACCUGGGACUCGAUCCCGCCCAAGUUCCGCCCGCUCAAGGACCGUCUCAACAUCGUCAUCACCCGCGGCGGCGGCGGCGACCCGGCGGCGUCGACUACGAAUUCAGGGGCCCAGGCCCAGGCCUCGCUCUCUGCCGCCGGCGACGUCGUACGCGUCCCCUCACUCGAGCAGGCGCUGCAGCUCCUCGCGGCAGUCAAAGCACCCGUCACCGUCGGCCGCGUCUUCGUCAUCGGCGGCGCCCAGGUCUACGAUGCCGCCCUCGGCCUCCCCGCCGCCCGCCGCGUCCUUCUCACGAGCAUCGCGCGCGACUUUGACUGCGACACCUUCUUCCCGCUCGCACUGGCUGCCGGCGGUGCUCCUGGCUGGGAGCGGAGGGACCGAAACGUCCUCGAAACCUGGACGGGCGAGGAUAUCGUCGAAGGAGGCCAGGAGGAGGCCGGCACCAAGUACGAGUUUCAGAUGUGGGAAAAGACACCUUGA